GAGAGGCGAGCGAGGGAAACCUGAGCUGCCCUCCCCGCCCUGGGAACCCGAUUCUCCAAAGCCGGGAUUAGAGGCUUGGGGGCUGGCGCCACGCCCUGGCCAGGUGUGCAGGACUCGGACAGGUGUUCGGCCGCCCCGCCCGGGGCCCCGGGAGCCCGGCGUAACGGCCGAGAGCCGGGGGCCAGGUCGCGGCUGGGGCCCAGGCAGGAUCCUGAGGCCAGCCACGCCACCAGGUGUCCGGCUCCCCCAGGGCGGCCUGCGGGAGCCCGGGGCGGGGCGGACGGCAGGUGCUGACACCGGAGCCGCGCUGGGGGACGCGCCCUCAAGGGACCGAGGCCCUGGCCGGCUCCCUCCCUUCUCCCGCGCUGGGCCAGCCAAGCUGCGCGGUGCACUCCGCGACGCUGGGGGCGCUGUAGCCGCGCUGGGCUGGGUGAGACCACGACCUGCUGACCGUGCGCCAGCCUCCCUGCGCUCAGGUCCGCCAUGGCUGCCGCGUUCGUGCUUCGGAGCCUGCACCGAGCGCGACCCGUCCUUCGCUCUCCGCCCGCGCAGCUGCCAUGGGCUCCGCGGCGUGGGCAUCGGCUCACGCCGGCGGAUGACGAGCUGUAUCAGCGGACGCGCAUCUCUCUGCUGCAGCGCGAGUCCCCGCACGCCAUGUACAUCGACAGCUACAGCAGUCUUGGCUUCACGGUCAACGGAAAUCGCGUGCUUGGGCCCUGCGCGCUACUCCCAUACUCGGUGGUGCAGUGGAACGUAGGUUCCCACCAGGACAUCACCGAGGAAAGCUUCUCUCUGUUUUGGAUGCUGGAGCCCCCAAUAGAGAUUGUUGUGGUGGGCACUGGAGACCGGACUGAGCGGCUGCAGUCCCACGUGCUGCGAGCCAUGAGGCAGCGGGGCAUCGCUGUGGAAGUGCAGGACACACCCAAUGCCUGUGCCACUUUCAACUUCCUAUGUCAUGAAGGCCGAGUGACAGGAGCUGCUCUCAUUCCCCCACCUGGAGGGGCUGCACUCACAUCUACGGCCCAAGCUGCAGAAUGAACCACCAGGAACUUACUUGACCUGUCCAGGAGGGCCCUGGCACCUUUUGCAGAAUGCAGGGGUUCCCAAAGUUUUCGCUAGCCUCUCCCCUUUGGCACUGUUACACGUCUUGCUUGCCAGCAAAUUAAUAACUUAACUCACUUCUC